AUGGCGUCCCAAGACCGCAUUAGCAAGCUCCCGAACGAGCUGCUGCUUCUCAUCCUAGAGAAGUUUGCCAACAAGAGAGACCUGAAGUCGCACUCUCUAGUGUCGCGAAAGUUUCACGGCAUCGCGCGCCCACUUUUCUACAAAGAGUGCAACAUUCGGUACAAUCAAGUUAUUCCUCUGACAAAGGAUGUCACUACACAGCCCGACUUGGCUAAGAAGGUGCAGGUCUUGAACAUCGUAGCUUACGACACGGGCACGGCGCCCUCGGCCUUCGAAACGUUCUGCGAGACCUUGGACGAGACCAAUGACCAGUCAAGCUUUUUGGCUCGUCAUGCCGAAGGCACAUUCAUGCGCGCUGCCUACGACCAGCUGAGCAACAAAGUCAACGCGAGCUUCAAGCUAUUCUGGCUCUCGAGGCUGUUUACAGACUGUGCCGAAGCCCACCUUGCGCUACUUCUCUCGGUUCUCCCUCAGCUCCGCAUCCUCAGGAUCAGGUUCGAUUGGAUCAAUGAUCAGGACACCUCGUUCUUACAGCUAGCUCUGGAGAAGGUUGCCAAGGCUCGUUCUGCGCAGCCCCUCCAGAUCCUGGGCGAGCUUAGGGCUCUUAAUGUUAAGGUCCCCGUUGGCAUGUCUCCAGACUACACGUUCUCUCCUAUGGCUCCCUUGUUCGGUGCACCACGCCUUAGGAUGCUCAGCGUUUCCGACCUCAACUCACCUCGGAUGCUUUCAGACGUUCUUCCUAGCGCUCUGGCCAUCAAGACCAUCACUAUCAAGGCCAGUGCCCUGGACGCUGUCUUUCUUGGCGCGUUAGUCCGCUCAUGUCCGCACCUGGAAGCUCUAAACAUUGUCUGUGGUCGUAGGACCGACGACCUAAACGGCUGGUUCAAAACCGUGACCGCCGCCAUCCGUACCCGUGCUGCGACUCUUCAGGUCCUCAGCCUCACCACUCAAUUCCUUGACGAUGGCGCUCACAUGGACGCACACUUCGAUGACAUGACGGAAUUCGCUCAGCUUAGGUCUCUCAAAGUCCCAGAGCACCUACUGCUCGGAUCUCCUGCCCACGAUGCUUUGCUGCUUAGAAACAUCCUGCCCCGGAGCCUUGAGGAGCUCCACAUGACUCAAUGCACGCCCAAGCUCUUAGAAUCAGUGAAAUCAAUUGUUUCAGCUGGCUUUUUAAAGCUCCAGAAGAUCUCCGCUGAGUUUGACAGGGUCGCCCCUACUAUUGAUGACUCGGUCAUGGCUCUUGCGGAGUCCAUGGUCGAACUCAAGAAGCUUUAUCAAGAGUCGAUGGGUGUCGAGCUGCGCUGGACGAUGACCACACUCACCUCAUUGAUAGCAGACGCCGAAUUGGACGACUUUUUUGAGGAGAACAUGCAAGGCUAG